UCCUUUGAGAUUGACCAAUGGCGCUCAAUUGUUGUCAUCGCACAUCAACCUCCGCAUCCUGUCUGCCCACCUUUGUUGUGUGUUUCUUCUGCUAGAUGAUUUUUCCACAUAUUCAGAAUUUAUAUCAAAAUAUAAACACAAAUCUUCCUCUUCGGAGUCUGCGCAGUUUUGAUAAAGUAUCCUGCAGCCUCCAUGGAAGCCCGUUCACCGCCGCGACAUUAGAAGCUAAUUGUGGCUAACGGGUUUCUUCGUGUUUUUGUUUUUAUUGUUGUGGUUUUGAUUGAGAACACAACCAUCUCCGGAUAAAUGACGUCUGCCUCUGCUAAGGUGGGGGAGAUCUUCUCGGCGGCUGGAGCGGCCUUCACCAAGCUGGGGGAACUUACCAUGCAGCUGCACCCGGUGUCGGACUCCAGCCCUGCAGGAGCCAAAUGGACCGAGACGGAGAUUGAUAUGCUGCGCUUGGCGGUGCGCCGCUUCGGAGACGACCUCAACAACAUCAGCUCCGUGAUCAAAGAGCGCACUGUCGCUCAGAUCAAGAGCACGGUAAAGAGGAAGCUGUACGAGGACAGUCGAGUCCCCAUCUCCUCUGAAUCCCCGAAGAAGACCGUCAAGAAAGCAGCGGUUUCCAUGGCGCCCGCCACCCCAGCCAUGAUCACCGUGCCGAGCUCGCAGGUUGUUGUAGCCACGGGGAUGCAGAACAACCCUCCUCUGGCCCCACCCAUCAAGAAACAGAAGACUGCAGACGUGACGCUCAGCGCUCUGAAUGACUCGGACGUGAACAGCGACUUGGUGGACAUCGAGGGACUCGGUGACGGCUCUUCCAGCAAAAAGCUCAACUUUGACCAAGAAAGUCUUAACCUGGACUCCAGCCUCAUCAUGAACUCCGGCGACCUGCCUCUCCUGUCCCGCUGACCCCCACCCCCCCACUGAGAUCAAGGCUUACAUCAUGACAAACGCACUCUGGUUUUCUGGCGUGCAGGACACGAUCUUCUCCAGCACGGAGUGGAGCGGACACUUUGGGUUUAAGAACGCCGGCUGGAGCUUUUGUUUCUAGAUUUCAGCAGAAUGAUGUCUUCUUUGCUGCUGGGUUUGUGUUUGGAGAACCGCUGUUAUCAUAAAGAAUAAAGAGGAGUUAUAGAUGAAGA